GCACCGUGAACGCAGAGGAGGAGGAGGCGGCGGCGGCGGCGAGAGAGCGAGCACCCAGCGCCCGCACCCACCUCGGGGCCGCCCGGGACGCCCCCUCCUGAGCGCGCGCCCCCCCUUUUCUCUUGCAAGCGCCGGGGCAAAGGCGGAGACAGCGGGGUCCCACCUCCCCCCCUUUCCCUCCAGGGGGAACCCCCCCUUCCCCCCUCCUUGGCUCGGCGGCUGCACCCCCUCCUCCCCCCGCCCCUCCGCCCCUGCCCCCUCCCUCCCCCGCCCGGGGCCUUCCCGGGCCUUCCGCGGCUGCAAAGAAAAAAAGAGACCGAGGGAGAGAGAGAGAGAGAGGGAGAGAGAGAGAGAGCGAAGGGGGGAAAAGCAGCAGCGGAGGGAGCGGCGGCGGAGGAGAGCGCGCGCGCGCCCCCUCCUUUCCCCCUCCCUCCCUCCCCCUCCCCCCAAUUUCCACCGCGGCCAAUUCAUGGACAGGAACUACCCCAGCGCCGGCUUCGGGGACCCGCUCGGCGCCGGGGCGGGAUGGAGUUACGAGAGGUCAGCGAAAGCUAGCUUGGUCUAUGGCAGCUCCAGGACCUCGCACCCCGAGACGGACAUCUUACACCGCCAGGCCUACGCGGCCCCCCACCCACUGCAAAGCUAUGCCACCAACCACCACCCGGCAGGCCUCUCUGGACUCUUCGACACUGGCCUCCACCAUGCAGGCUCAGCCGGGCCGGAUGCCUCCGUCAUGAACCUCAUCUCAGCCCUGGAGUCCCGGGGCCCCCAGCCUGGCCCCUCUGCCUCCUCUCUCCUGUCCCAGUUCCGCAGCCCUUCCUGGCAGACAGCCAUGCACACGCCAGGCCCCACGGAGCUCUUCAUCUCGGGCGCCCUGCCGGCUUCCAGCACCUUCCCGCCCUCCUCUGCCCUGUCGGCCUACCAGCAUCCCGCUUCCUUUGGCAGCCGCCCCUUCCCGGUGCCCUCAUCCCUCAGCCUCCAGGACCCCCCAUUCAGCCCCCCAGCCAACGGGCUCCUGUCCCCCCAUGACGUGCUGCACCUGAAGCCUUCGCAGACGCCCACGGUACCCUCCUCGCUGGGUUUCGAGCGCCUGGCCGGGGGCGGCGUGCUGGGCCCCGCUGGCCUGGGCCCAGCCCAGACCCCUCCUUACCGCCCUGGGCCCCCGGACCCACCGCCACCUCCCCGUCACCUCCCCACCCAGUUCAACCUACUGGCUUCCUCCUCUGCCGCUGCCGCCGCCGCCGAGCAGUCCUCCCCCCAGCUCUACAACUUCUCAGGGGCCGCCCCAGGCCCCCCGCCCCCAGAGCGGGCCCUGCCCCGCCAGGACACGGUCAUCAAGCACUACCAGCGCCCGGCCAGCGCCCAGCCCCCGCCGCCGCCCCCAGCCCACGCCCUCCAGCACUACCUGAGCUGCGGGGGCAGCUACCCCUCCAUGGGCCACCGCGCCAACCUGGCCUGCAGCCCCCUGGGCGGCGGGGAGCCCUCCCCGGGCGCCGGAGAACCCAGCAAGGCCGGGCCCAGCGGGGCCGCCGCGGGCACGUCCGGCAGGGCUGCGGGCCCCGAGGCCACCGGUGCAGGCGGCACCGGGGGCGGUGGGGGCGGCUACCGCCCCAUCAUCCAGUCUCCCGGCUACAAGACGGGCAAAGGCGGCUACGGCGCUGCGGCGGGCAGUGCCACCCGGCCCCCGCCGCCCCGCUCCACCGCCACCCCCAAAUGUCAGAGCCUGGGGGGACCCGCGGCCUACGGCACCGGCAAGGCCUCUGGGGCUGGCGGGGCGGGCGGCCAGGCCUAUUCCCCCGGCCAGCCCCAAGGACUUCUCGGACCCCAGGCCUACGGGCAAGGGUUCGGAGGGGGCCAGGCACAGGACUUGAGCAAAGGCCCCGGCUACUCCGGGGGUCCUCCGCAGCCCCCCAGCGGCCCCCCGCCUCCCGGCCUGGCCACGUGUCAGAGCUACUCCCCAGACCAGCUCCAGGGGCAGCUGUACGGGGUGCAGGGUGAGCCUUACCCGGGGCCGGCCGCCCACUCGCAGGGGCUGCCCACCGCCAGCCCCUCCCUCAGCUACAGCACCGGCCACUCCCCGGCGCUCUCAGGCCACGGCGGAGGGUGGGGGCCCGGCUCCCUGGGGGGCGGCGGGGAGGCCAGCCCCUCCCACAUCAUCCGGCCCCUGCAGUCUCCGCCCGCCCCGGGCCGCCCUUCUGGGGUCGGCUCCCCAGGGACCCCGGGCAAGUACCUGAGCUCCGUGCUCGCCUCCGCCCCCUUCCUGGCACCCCCGGGCGCCGGCAGCUAUGCAGCGGGAGCCGGGGGCUACAAGGGCAAGGAGGACGGCUCGGAGCUGCUGGCCGGCCCCGGGGGGAACCCGGCGGAGCGCACGGAGGACGAGGAGUUCCUCAUCCAGCACCUCCUGCAGGCGCCCAGCCCCCCGCGGACCUCAGAGGCGGACGGCCUGGUGGGCGAGGAUGGGGCGGCCGACGCCGCCAAGGGACUCGGGGGCAGUGGCGGGGCCGGGGGUCCCCCGGGCACCGCCUACGAGCUGGCCAAGGAAGACCCCCAGAGAUACCACCUCCAGAGCGUCAUUCGCACCAGCGCCAGCCUUGACGAGGGGGCCACGGCCGCCCUGGAGCUGGGCCUGGGGAGGCUCAAGGAGAAGAAGAAGGGGCCGGACCGCGGCGGCGAGACCCCCGAGGGGUUGGCUACCUCGGUCGUCCACUAUGGGGCGGGGGCCAAGGAGCUGGGGGCCUUCCUCCAGAAGAGCCCCCCGCCGCCUCCCCCCACGGCACAGCCGGCCCAGCCCAACCCCCACGGCCUCCUGCUGGAAGCCGGGGGUCCCGACCUCCCACUGGUGCUGCCCCCGCCGCCCCCGCAGCUGCUCCCCUCCGUCCUCAGCCAUGCCCCCAGCCCUUCUCCCAGCGCCCCCAAAGUCGGCGUCCACCUCCUGGAGCAAGCCACCCGCGAAGGGGCAGGGCCGCCGCCCCCGCCGCCGCCCCCCAUGCCCCUGCAGCUGGAAGCCCACCUCCGCAGCCACGGCCUGGAGCCCGCAGCCCCCAGCCCCCGCCUGCGCCCCGAGGAGAGCCUGGAGCCGCCGGGCGCCAUGCAGGAGCUGCUGGGGGCCCUGGAGCCGCUGCCCCCGGGGCCUGGGGACCCUGGCGUGGGGCCCCCCAACGCCGAGGGCAAGGACCCCUCGGGCGCCUACCGCAGCCCCAGCCCGCAGGGCACCAAGGCCCCCCGCUUCGUGCCCCUGACGUCCAUCUGCUUCCCCGACUCGCUGCUCCCAGAUGAGGAGCGCAGCUUCUUCCCCACCAUGGAGGAGAUGUUCGGCGGGGGGGCGGCGGAUGACUACGGCAAGGCCGGGCCCCCCGAGGACGAGGGAGACCCCAAAGCUGGAGCCGGGCCUCCCCCGGGCCCCGCGGCCUAUGAUCCCUACGGGGCCUACUGCCAAGGCCGGGCUUCAGCGGGGGGACCCGAGACCACGGGCCUGGGCCUGGACCCCAACAAGCCUCCGGAGCUGCCCUCGACUGUCAACGCCGAGCCCCUGGGCCUGAUCCAGAGCGGACCCCACCAGGCCGCGCCACCGCCACCGCCCCCGCCGCCCCCCGCCUCGGAGCCCAAGGGGGGCCUGACCUCGCCCAUCUUCUGCUCCACCAAGCCAAAGAAGCUGCUCAAGACGUCCUCCUUCCACCUGCUGCGGCGCCGAGACCCGCCCUUCCAGACCCCCAAGAAGCUGUACGCGCAGGAGUACGAGUUCGAGGCCGACGAGGACAAGGCCGACGUGCCGGCCGACAUCCGCCUCAACCCCCGCCGCCUGCCCGACCUGGUGUCCAGCUGCCGCUCCCGCCCCGCCCUGUCGCCCCUGGGCGACAUCGACUUCUGUCCCCCCAACCCGGGCCCCGACGGCCCCCGGCGCCGGGGCCGCAAACCCACCAAGGCCAAGCGGGACGGGCCGCCAAGACCCCGGGGGAGACCCCGCAUCCGCCCCCUGGAGGGUCCCCCCACCGCGGGGCCAGCCUCCGCCUCCACCCCGAUGGAUGGGGCCAAGAAGCCGCGGGGCCGGGGCCGGGGCCGGGGCAGGAAGGCCGAGGAGGUGGGGGCCACGAGGCUGGAGCCCCUGAAGCCGCUGAAGAUCAAGCUGUCUGUGCCCAAGACCGGCGAGGGCCUGGGAGUCUCGUCAGGGGACAUGGUGUCGGGCACCGACCACAACAGCCUGGACUCCAGCCUGACCCGGGAGAAGAUCGAGGCCAAGAUCAAGGAGGUGGAGGAGAAGCAGCCGGAGAUGAAGUCGGGCUUCAUGGCCUCCUUCCUGGACUUCCUCAAGUCGGGCAAGCGCCACCCACCGCUCUACCAGGCCGGCCUGACGCCCCCGCUCAGCCCGCCCAAGAGCGUGCCGCCCCCCGUGCCCGCGCGGGUGCUGCCGCCCGCGCCCCCCGCGGCCCCCGCCGUGCCGCACCCCCCGCCCGCGGGCGCCUUCGGCCUGGGGGGCGCGCUGGAGGCAGCCGAGAGCGAGGGCCUGGGCCUGGGCUGCCCGUCGCCCUGCAAGCGGCUGGACGAGGAGCUGAAGCGCAACCUGGAGACGCUGCCCUCCUUCUCCUCCGACGAGGAGGACUCCGUGGCCAAGAACCGGGACCUGCAGGAGAGCAUCUCCUCGGCCAUCUCGGCCCUGGAUGACCCUCCGUUGGCCGGGCCCAAGGACACCUCGCCCCCAGACGGGCCCCCCUUGGCCGCGGAGCCUGUGGUCCCGGGGCCGCCGCCCCUCCCGGGGCUCCCCAGUGCCGGCGGCAGCGGCUCCCCGGAGCCCCCGCUGCUGGAGGAGAAGCCGCCUCCCUCGCCGGUGCCGCCCGCCCCGACGCCGCCGCCCCCGCCCCCGCCGGUGCCGCCCGCGCUGCCCUCGCCGCCCGCACCCGCGGCCCCCGCGCCCUCGCCGGCCCCCGCGCCCGCCCCGCCGCCCGCGCCCCCCGACGAGCCCGCCGCCGCCGCCGCGUCCCCCGACGAGCCCGAGCCCCCCGACGCGCGGCCCCUGCACCUGGCCAAGAAGCAGGAGACCGCGGCCGUGUGCGGGGAGACGGACGACGAGGCGGGCGAGAGCGGCGGCGAGGGCAUCUUCCGAGAGCGGGACGAGUUCGUCAUCCGCGCCGAGGACAUCCCCUCGCUCAAGCUGGCGCUGCAGACGGGGCGUGAGCCGCCACCCAUCUGGCGGGUCCAGAAGGCCCUGCUGCAGAAGUUCACCCCCGAGAUCAAGGACGGCCAGCGGCAGUUCUGUGCCACCAGCAAUUAUUUAGGGUAUUUCGGGGACGCCAAAAACCGGUACCAGCGCCUCUACGUUAAGUUCCUGGAAAAUGUCAACAAGAAGGAUUAUGUCAGGGUCUGCGCUCGGAAGCCCUGGCACCGGCCACCAGUGCCCGUCAGGCGUUCGGGGCAGAGCAAGGGCCCUGCAUCUGUGGGGGUCAGCUCUGCACCGCCCCCCAAGGCCCCAGCACCCCCUCUGAAGCCCGAGACUCCCGACAAGCCACCCUCGGAGAAGCCCCCAGAGGAGACCCCGGAGGUGGCCAUGCCUGAGCCCCCUGCUCCCGAGAAGCCAUCCCCGCUACCUAUGGAGAAGGAGAAGGAGCGCGGAGCCAGGCCCGAGAGGCCGCUGAGGGGCGAGCGGGGUGCAGGGGGCCGCCAGGCCAGGCCAGAGCGGAGCCUCCCCGCGGGCCAGCCCCCCACCCGCUUGCCCAAGACCCGGCCCGCCAAGGUCAAGGCCGAGCCGCCCCCCAAGAAAAGGAAGAAGUGGCUGAAGGAGGCGACUGGCAGUACCUCCGCAGUGGGAGGACCCCCGCCGGGCAGCUCCUCAGACUCGGAGUCCACCCCCGGAGCACCCAGUGAGGACGAGCGCACGGUCCCCGGCCGUCUGCUGAAGACACGGGCCAUGCGGGAGAUGUACCGAAGCUACGUGGAAAUGCUGGUGAGCACAGCCCUCGACCCUGACAUGAUCCAGGCCCUGGAGGACACGCACGAUGAACUUUACCUCCCUCCCAUGCGGAGGAUUGACGGGCUCCUGAAUGAGCACAAGAAGAAAGUCCUGAAGCGUUUGUCACUGAGCCCGGCCCUGCAGGACGCCCUGCACACUUUUCCCCAGCUGCAAGUAGAGCAGAGUGGGGAGGGCUCCCUGGAGGAGGGGGCCGUGCGGCUGCGGCCGGCCGGGGAACCCUACAACCGCAAGACGCUUAGCAAGCUAAAGAGGAACGUGGUCCGGGCCCAGGAGUUCCAGGUCGAGUUGGACAAGUCGGGCUACUAUACACUCUACCACUCACUCCACCACUAUAAGUACCACACCUUCCUGCGCUGCCGGGACCAGACCCUGGCCAUUGAGGGCGGCGCGGAGGACCUGGGGCAGGAGGAGGUGGUGCAGCAGUGCAUGCGGAACCAGCCGUGGCUGGAGCAGCUCUUCGACUCGUUCAGUGACCUGCUGGCCCAAGCACAGGCCCACAGCCGCUGCGGCUGACCCCGCCCGGUUCCGAGAAAUGGGUCCAACGGAAGCCGCGGGAGCUGACCCCGGACCCAGGCGCCAUCGGGGAAGAGGGUGGCGGGGGUCAUCAUCAGGGUGUGUCCAUGCUGCCCCCCCACACACACACACAGGGCAGGGUUCAGAGUUCAACCCCCUCCCCCAGGCCUUUCCACUCCCACCCCUUCCUCCCACUGUCUGGUGUACAGAGAAAUUAUUUAUAUAUAUGUAUAAAUGUCUAUUUAGUAACGGUUACCCUCCCUCCCCAGGCUCCAGCCCUCCCACGGCCAUGGCCCCCGCCCCCCACACCUUGUACAUAAUGUAUAGGAAAAGUCUAUGUAUGGCUGAGGGGGCGGGGCGGCUUCCAGAGAGCCGGGGGUCCCCCUCCUCCCCCAACCCCCAACCCACACACCAGGCCAAGAUCUUUGCUGAAGGCCACCCUCCUCCCCCAGGGCAUUCUGCGUCGGCCGGGAGGGGGAAAAAAUCGCAUCUUGUUAAUUAUUUUUAAUCUUAUUUAUUGUACAUACCUGGGGCGGGGGCCGGGAAGGUGGGGGGAGGUUCCCCUCCCGUUGUCCCCCGACUCCUUUUCUACUGCGAUUUGUCUGUGUCUGAACCCCUCACCCUCACCCACACCCAGUCCCCCUCCCAUUGUCUGGAUGUGGUUCUAUUUUUUAUGGGUCCUUCUGCCCUCCUGCCUCUCUCUAACCCCCGUGCCCACCCCAGUCUCCUCGCUCUUUCUUGGGCUUCUGUACAAUUCAACUUGUAUACACUGUGUACACAACCAGCCAAACGGGAACCCAACGGCAAAAC